AUGGUCUGUGCUCAACAAUAACAUUGGCUGCAGAGCAAUGAUUUGAGGGGUCUGAGGAAAUUCGUGCAGACCAUAAAUUCAGCUGUCUGGUCCGUCCUGUUUUCCCUGAACUUUAACUGUGGUUGUCGCUUUGUGUGUGCGUGUGUAUGUGUGAGAGAAGAGCGAGCAGGUGACCCUAGUGAAGGUGUAAAACGUGUCUCCCGGUUUUCUAUUAAAGCUGUGUAGUGGGUAUAUAGUCGGCUAGCUUGUAAGCUAAGAGUGGCUAAAAUGAACUACCAGAUGAACGGUUUCAUUAACAACAGCAGCUCGGUUUACGAUGAAGACUGCUUCCUCUUCUCUUCUGAGUCAGUUGGAGAAGGACACCCCGAUAAAAUCUGUGACCAAAUCAGCGAUGCCGUGUUGGAUGCACACCUCAGACAAGAUCCUGAUGCCAAAGUAGCAUGUGAAACUGUUGCCAAGACUGGGAUGAUCCUGUUGGCUGGGGAAAUCACCUCCAGGGCUAAUGUGGACUACCAGAAGGUUGUCAGGGACACAAUUAAACAUAUUGGCUAUAACGACUCUUCGAAAGGCUUUGAUUACAAGACUUGCAAUGUGCUGGUGGCUUUGGAGCAGCAGUCCCCUGACAUUGCCCAGGGCGUUCACCUGGAUCGCAAAGAGGAGGAUGUCGGAGCCGGUGAUCAGGGUCUGAUGUUUGGGUAUGCCACUGAUGAGACAGAGGAGUGCAUGCCGCUUACCAUUGUCCUGGCUCACAAGCUCAAUGCCAAGAUGGCUGAAUUGCGCAGAAAUGGAGAGCUGCCCUGGCUCCGCCCCGAUUCCAAGACUCAGGUGACUGUUCUGUACAGGCAGGACAGAGGAGCCAUGGUACCUCUGCGCGUCCACACAAUUGUGAUCUCUGUGCAACACGAUGAGGCCGUAGGUUUGGAUGAGAUGCGUUGCUCUCUGAAGGAGCGGGUGGUGAAAGCCGUGGUUCCCAGCGGGUUUCUUGACGAUGACACCAUCUAUCACCUGCAGCCCAGUGGGCGCUUUGUCAUUGGAGGACCACAGGGUGAUGCUGGACUGACCGGGCGUAAGAUUAUUGUCGAUACUUACGGGGGUUGGGGAGCCCAUGGCGGUGGAGCUUUUUCUGGGAAGGACUACACAAAGGUAGACCGCUCUGCAGCCUACGCUGCCCGUUGGGUGGCCAAAUCCCUAGUAAAAGCUGGGCUCUGCAAGCGUGUCUUGGUCCAGGUAUCCUAUGCCAUUGGUGUUUCCCAUCCCCUCUCUGUCUCAAUCUUCCACUACGGGACCUCCCAGAAGAGUGAAAGGGAGCUGCUGGACAUUGUGAACAAGAACUUUGACCUCCGUCCAGGAGUUAUUGUCAGGUAUUCUGUGACAGUAUCAGGUCUUUGCUACCAAACCUGCACUUUAGUUCUGUUUUAUUAGGAUUGUUGUCAUUUGGUUUUAAACAAGAGGCAUAAAAAAGCUAGUCAUGUAGUCUAAGCCCUUAGCUGUACAGGCCUAGAAACUGGUCUGAGCAUCUGGCAGCCUACGGUUACUACGGAGAAAAAUGUGGAUUCCUUGACCAGCUGGCAAGUAGUUGGUAGGUGAAAUUGGGCACAAAGUAGGUGGUUUUACUUCUCUAUAUUUCAGCAGUGAAAGUGGCAUUCACCCAAUCAGACGUUAUUCCCUCUCUUGGGGUCUGGGGCCUAAAUGUCAGAAAACUCUCAAAAUGGAACCUAGUCUGUUAAUGAGGUAAAACAUUGGCAUGUGUAUUUGAGUUAUAUGAUAUAACAUUCCUCUACAAUCUUGUGUUUUUAACAUCUCUAAACAACAAGUUUCAGCUAUUGUAUGUUGUUAAAACCGUUCCUUUAACCAAACUGCAUUUGUGAUGCCGACUACCAAGAGCAGAAAUGUUUAGCUGGCGAGUCACUCUAUUUAAUUCUUG